CCGCCCGCCCGGCAGCAGCAGCAGCAGCAGCAGCAGCGAUGAGCGGCUGGAGCUGCUACGUCGACAGCCUGAUGGCCGACGGCACCUGCCAGGACGCCGCCAUCGUGGGCUACAAGGACGCGCCCUCCGUCUGGGCCGCCGCCCCGGGCAAGACCUUCGCCAGCAUCACGCCUGCGGAAGUGAACAUCCUGGUAGGAAAGGACCGGGACAGCCUGUUUGUGAACGGACUGACGCUGGGCGGCCAGAAGUGUUCCGUCAUCCGGGAUAGCUUGCACACGGACGGGGAGUGCACCAUGGACCUGCGGACCAAGAGCACGGGGGGCGCCCCCACCUUCAACAUCACAGCGGCCAUGACCAGCAAGACGAUAGUCCUCGUGAUGGGGAAGGAAGGUGUCCACGGCGGCUGUGUGAACAAGAAGUGCUUUGAGAUGGCCAACCACUUGCGGCGGUCCCAGUAUUGACGUGCCUUCCUGGGCGGCCCCGCCCACGGUACUACUGAGGGAACAACGGUGUCAGGAUGUCCAAGGUGGCGGCGACUGCCCGGGGCCACCGCCCUUGCCAUCGUGGGAUCGACCCCG